UUCCAGCAUGAGCUGCGGGUUCUGUCCUUGCCUGCUUUCCUGAGGAGAAGGCCACCUUUACCCCAGGCCUGCAAGCUUGCUAAACACUGGCAACCCAAGAAAGAGCUCCCGUGCCCAGCAGACAUGUCGGGGGUAUAUGUGGGCAGGUGUUAAAGAAUUUCUCUGGAAGAAGUGCAGUCUUGCUGUAGCGGGAUGUGGUUAAGGGGAUCCAGAAAGUAAUUAUGGACCUAAUGGAUGAAUUUAAAGAUGAUUUUCCAACUGUCCUAGGAUUAUCACAGUCUAAUCAGGCCCGAAGGAGUUCUUUGUUUGGAAUCAUUUCUUUUCCCGCAAAGACUGCUUUUACUAGCAUAAUGUGUGCUUCAUAUGCAGCACUCAUUUAUUUGGCAAUAUGUAUUAAUGCUGUGCUGGAGAAGAUAAAGAACAUUUGUGAAGAAGAGGAAGUACUAAAGCAAAACAGAGAAAGUGAAAAUUUUAGAAAAGCCUUUUCAGAGCCAGUGCUCUCAGAGCCGAUGUUUCCCGGAGGUGAAAUCAAAGCAAAACCUUACAGGUCAUUGACAGAGAAGCCAGACAUUUCAUAUCAUCCCAAACUUCCUGCUAACAAGCAGAACAAGAUCCAGGUUUUACACUCGGUGUUUGACCAGUCAGCUGAAAUGAAUGAGCAAAUAUGA